GGCAUUUUAGAACUCCUUGCCACACAGCAAACAAUCAAAAUGAAGGCAGCCUACUUUAAUCUUGCCAUUUCAGUCGGAUUGGGUCUACUUUUCUUUUCUUCCAGUUCACCAUUACUUGAAGUGAAGAUAUUACCAUCAUUGGUCAAGAGAAUACAAGAGGCAUCUUCUUUGAAAGUUGCUGCAAACCUGGUGAAUAAAACAGAGGAUUACGAUCGACGUCCUCGCUGCGGUGUAACAAACCUCAAUGACUUCCAAAAACUUCCAAGUGUUCAACCAUUUCAAAGAACUGAUCUCACCUACAGAAUACAAAGAUACACACCUGACUUACAAGAGAACGAUGUGAACAAGAUUAUAGCAGCAGCAUUGAACGCCUGGGCUAGUGUUACCCCUUUGACAUUUACACAAACAACGUCUAUAUCAGACAUUGAAAUUACUUUUGUUGCUGGAGCACAUGGAGAUGGUUCCUCAUUUGAUGGACGUAAUGGUGUUCUGGCCCACGCUUUUGGCCCUGGAACAGGUUUAGGAGGUGAUAUUCACUUUGAUGAGGCUGAAAUGUGGACAACAGGAUCAGAAGGAAUCAACUUGUUCCUCGUUGCGGUACAUGAAGCUGGUCAUGCUCUGGGACUCGAUCACUCUAACGAUCCAAAUUCUAUCAUGGCUCCCUUCUAUAAAUUUAGGGAAACUAUUGGGUUUCUUCUGCCAGAAGAUGACAGGAAAGGAAUCCAGAGUUUAUACGGUCCUCCACUCAUGGUUACACCAACCACUGGUACCGCUCCAAAUUUCACAACAAACAUGCCCAUCGAGCCACCAACAGAGAAUCCACCAACCUGUGACCCAAACCUGUUUGCAGAUGCUGCUUUGAAAAUCAAUCGAAGAAUCGUUUUCUUCAAAGAUGGGUUCUUUCGUUUGUCAAGAUCCUCAGUCAUAAACCGAGUUGAAGACUCUUUGCCAGGCGCCCCAUCAAAUGUUGAUGCUGCUUUUGCAACCAGAGGAAGAGCUAGGGAAAUCUUUCUUUUUCAAGAUUCGCAAUACUGGCGCUUCAAGAGGAAUGUCUUAGAUUCAGGGAGCCCACAUCCCAUCAAUGACUUUGGUUUUCCAAGCAGUGUUAACAGAAUUGAUGCAGCAGUGCGUAUAAACAGAAGAAUAAUAAUGUUCUUUGUGGGCGAUCAUCUCUGGAGGUACAGGAUCGGGGAAGGAAUGGAUGACACAUCACCAAUCCCAAUCACAACGACCUUUGAAGAAAAUGACCAUGUCGAUGCUGCUUUUAAAUCUAGAGGUAACAUUUACCUCAUAAAUGGAUCUACUGUGAGCAAGUACAACAGGGCAUUGCAAUUUGUACGCAAGUUUGAAACGACAGGGUGGCUGGACUGUGCCUAAAUAAUUUUGUUUCGCUCCAUUUUGUGGAAGAUACUGCAAGGAGAGGAUUAAUAAAAUGUAAUCUAAGAUAUUUACUAAAAUUAACUAUUCAAGGCAUGUGUAAUGAUUAAAACUUUCAAAAUAUAGCAACUACAUUCUAAUAAGUUGAUCAGUUAUUUUGUUUCCUAAACUUGUCAAUAAUCAUAUUUCAAUAAUCAUAUUUUAAUGUCUUAAGAUACAUACAAUCUGGAUCACAACUAAAUAUUCAAAUGUAUGAAUAAAGAAUAAGGCACUUGACUUCUUAAGCCUCCUGUUGCAAUCAACAAGUUCAUGAC